CUGGAUCUCACUGUUUGACAUCUUCCAUUCAUUGCAGCUUUCAUUCUACAGAAGCAAAGCGUUUAUAUUCUGACAAUAGUUUUGCCUCGGAAAAAUUGCAAGAAUUGCAUUCUGGGUGUUUGAUCCGAAGUUUUUUCCAUUGAAUCUUUUUUGGGCGAGGCAUUGGCCAUGUCAGCUUGAAUAUCUCAUUGAAAUCUCAUUGUCGAAACCGAUCUCAGGAUGUUUUUAUAUCAAUUAAAAUGUUUGAUUUUUCUGGUGCUAGUCGUGUUAGGUGCUAGUUCAGCAGUGGACGGUUCUCGGGUGUUGGAACUAAGCGACCGCUUUCUGGAUGUCCGAAACGAGGGCCAGUGGUUUGUGAUGUUCUAUGCUCCUUGGUGCGCCCACUGCAAGAAACUGGAACCGGUGUGGGCUCACGUCGCGCAAGCUCUCUUCAAUACGAAUAUCCGAGUUGGGAGGGUGGAUUGCACUCGGUUCACUGCCGUGGCCCAGGCCUUCAAAGUCAAUGCCUAUCCAACGAUUUUAUUCAUAAAAGGUCCUUACGAUUACGCCUAUAACGGUGAUCGAACAAAAGAUGAACUGAUACACUUCGUGAAUAGAUUAUCUGGACCACCAGUUCAGCAGGUCACCCGACCGGACAGUAUCGACAUUCUGAAAUCCAACAAUCCCAUAUUCUUCACCUAUGUCGGCAAACAAGAUGGAAUUCUAUGGGAUAUUUUCUACAGUGCAGCGGAAGUCUAUCAACCGCAUAGUUAUUUCUACGCAACUUCAGUGGAGAUAGCCAAGAGACAUUUCGACAUCGAUACCGUACCAGCGGCCUUAGUCUACAAAGAACGAAGUCACUUCUACUUCCCAUACUCGGACAACUUCGAGUUGAUCGAACCUGUUCACCUGAACGAAUCCCUGUUCAGAUGGGUCAAUGAAGAGCGGUUCCCGACAUUCCCGAAGGUUACCCGGAGCAAUAUACACCACAUCCUACAAACCAAGAAGUACCUCGUGCUGGCCGUGGUGGAAGAGAACAAGCUGAGCGAGAUUGCCGCCCAUGAGCAGGAGUUCCGCGAUAUGGUGGAGAUAUUCGUCCACAAGAACAAACACAAGUAUCACAGUCGCUUCCAGUUCGGUUGGGUGGGAACGCCUGAUCUGGCACAUUCCAUAGCCAUGGAUAAACUGGCCACGCCGCAUUUGAUAGUGCUGAAUGCUAGCACCAACGAGCACCACAUACCGGAGGAUGAUCCUCUGCAGCUGACCCCGGAGGCAAUCGAGCUGUUCUUGGAUAGUAUUCAUAACCAGACGGCUCCGGCCUUCGGCGGAAACUCGCUUCCGGUGCGGAUCUAUCGGGCCUGGUUCGAAGCCAAGCACUCGCUGUACGAGAUGUGGAUGGGCAAUCCGGUGCUGACCUCGGUCCUGUUCGGCCUUCCCUUGGGCUUCCUCUCGUUGAUACUGUACUCGAUCUGCUGUGCGGACAUCCUGGACGCCGAGGAAGAAGAGGAGGAACCCAAACACGAAAAGAAGGAGUAAGCUGUUCCGGGACUCGGUGCCAUCGUUGCUUUGGAGCGCAGUAUUGGUAGUGACAUGAGCAUAGUAACUACCAUUCCUAACAUAUGGAAAAACUGUCCUUUUCUAGUCAUUUUGAUCAGUAAACGAUGAAUCUUUCUACUUCCAUCAUGGCAACGAAGUGAACGUUGGACUUGUGGGAAGCUUUUGUAGGAACCGCAUUUUAAAGGAAAUGUACGCAUUCCCUAGAAGAAGGUUUGAGUCUUAAUUAGUUUGUUGUAGCCAACGAAGAAAAGUGCGUGUUUUGUGUCUCAUUGUGGUAGAAUAUAAGGUUAACGGAACAUACCAUAACUUAUAAUAAGAAAACUGUUUCAAUUUUA